UCUUAUUCCUAUUUAUAUAAUAUAACUUAUUAGUUUUACAUAGGAAUACUUUACCGUGACGAUUAUUGAGCAGUACUACCACGUGAAACUAUUUAUCACUAAUAAACACCCAGUGUUGUUAGCAUAUAGCCCGCUAGCAUCCACACGGUGGAGGCUGAAGCUAGCAUUUUCCGAUCUAAUGGCGGAUUCAUCUGAUAUAUGCUUUUCUGACCUAUCCUCACCUGAGCGGGAAGCUGUGGAGGAGUUGUUUCCCGGUUUUAGCAGAUCCAAGGCGAGGUACAGCGCCCACUUCACCCUGCCUUCCGACGUCCACAAGCGAGCAACAAACAUGCAUUCCACGCGAUGCAGCUUCACGGACUGUGAACGACAUGAAAGCGAUCGGGAAGCUGUGGAGGAACCGCUGCCCGGCCUUCGCAGAUUCGGCAAGCCAAACAUCACCCUGGCCCCAGACGUUCGCAGGCGACCGAGGGGUGUCACAACCGAACACCCCACGCGAUGCAGCUCCGGGGACCGCGUUCGGGUAAACGAAGACGCCAUCGCCCAGCAUGAAAGCGUCACAUGGUAACCUUAGCUGUGGCAAAUAUGAGCAUCUGGAUCUGAACACGGACAUUCAGUUUUCUGCUCUCGAGGAGGAAUUACGAAGGCGAUCGGAACAGAUGAAGGUUCCAGUUGAGCUCCUGUCAGUAAGACUUCUGUAUGAAAACCUUCAGAAAUUAAGCACAUUUCCUGACAGAGGCUUUAAAGGCAUUUUGCUCGACUCCACACUGAGAGCUGAUGUGUGCAAAUUAUUGAAGACCAUGCAGAAACUUCUGUCUGCUGGAAUGUUGAGUCCUGAACUUCUGUGGCAGGAGUGCUCAAAACUUCAGCCUAUCCUGGAAGUGAUAUAUCAUUUGCACACUCACAACAUCCUUACGUUGGAGUUCCUGCUGGAAAGGGAUGCAGCAAUGAGCUCAUGGAUUAGUGAUCAGUUACAAUCUCUGUGUGUCUCCAUGACGACAACACCACCAGACGACCAACAGAUACAACAUGACAUUCUGACCACUGUAGCAUGUGUUCUGCUCCGGAGAGGAUUUGAAGACUCCAGUCAUAAGCUCACUGAUGUAUGCUGCUCAAUUCUGGACAGCAUGAUUUCAUGGUUUCUGGAAUCAUUGAUUGAUAAACAGACUGAUCAGACAUUAGCCACUAAAGUCUGGGUUCAGGUGUAUGAUGUCACAGUGUUUGGUGUCUGUGUUUCUGAAGAAAUACUGCAGAGGUUCUUCACGCACACACUUAUGCGUGUUCUUACACAUCGACCCAUCUUUAAAGUGUCAGAUGCCAUUGCUCUACAAAGUGAAUGGACCUUUGCUAAAACCUCUCCAUUACUGACAGCUCUUUUUCGUAAGAUCUGUCUUGUGUCCAGUGUGGAGUCUCUGUUAUGUCAGCUGCAACAGGUUUUAGAGACUCAUGAAGUGAACUGGCGUCAUGUUCUCUCAUGUCUGUCGUGUCUACUGAUAUAUCACUCUCAGACGCAGAGCUGCCUCACAGAUCUGCUAUCCAGAUUGCUGAGAUCUGCAUUUGAAACUUAUGAUGUGGAGAAAAUGAUUACAUCAUUCCUGUUAGCCCGACAGGCAUCACUCGAGGGUCCCGUUGUCUUCCCUUCCUACAGCGACUGGUUUAAAUUGUCGUUUGGUGGAGCCAGUGGUUAUCAUAGUAGCAGCAAGAAGUCCACAGUUUUCCUCCUUAAGUUCCUGUCAGAUCUGGUACCAUUUGAACCCCCACAAUAUCUGAAGGUUCAUGUCAUGCAUCCUCCAUAUAUCAGGGCAAAGCAUCGUGCUCUCCUGCAGGAAUACAUCACCCUUACUAAGACUCGUCUGGCAGAUCUGAAGGUGUCACUGGAGGAGACGGGGAUAUUUGAGGUGGUGAAUGGGUCAGCAGCAGGCGUUGUUAAUUGUCCAGCUCAGCAGGAUGUUGAGAAAGCUGUAACUCUCUUUACAACCACCAAUAAAGUUCCAGCUACAGUAAUAGAGGCCAGUAUUUUUCGGAGGCCAUAUUUCCUCUCUCGAUUUCUACCCGCUCUCCUCUCUCCACGUGUGCUUCCUGUGAAAGCAGAUGCCAGGAUGAGCUUCAUCGAGGCCCUGAAAAAAGCAGAUAAAAUUCCUGCUGCUCUCUACACCUCAUACAGAGAGUCCUGUCAAAGAGAGACACGCACACAACAGGAAGGAGCGUGCAAGUCUCUGGAGGAUGAAGAUUCUCUAACGGUUCUACAAGAACAUUUUCUUACUCUGAGGAAAAUUAUAAGUGAUGGAGCUCCUGAUGGUGAUGUUUGUGCUCAGCUUUCCAAGGUCUCACUGUGUCUGAGAAGUGUUGGUAGUGAUGAAGAGACAGGAAGUGAUGUCAUCACAUUGAAACUUCAGUCUCCUGAUUUAACACACGUUGCCAUCGCUAAUAUUAUCUUGCAAAACUUCUGCAUGUGUUUACUGGAUGCAUCUAAAGUCAACCCUGCUAACAGGCAAGGUUCAUGGGCAAGUGUCUAUUUGAAAGUUCUUUUGGGUCACAGAUGGCUUGUCUCCGUCCUGAUACACAGACUUUGGGAUCUGUUACAGAACCAGGGAAGCUCUUUGAGUUCAGCUUACAUGUUGGGUUUGGCAGCGUUUCUGGUUGAGCUGCAUCAGUUAAGACACACAUGUCCUCAGCUUCAGGUUAUGAACUCUACUCUUCCCUUGUCUGAGCAUCUCUCUGAUGCCCUUAUCUGCUCCACCAAAUCCCACAUGGCCUUCAGCCUCAGGUUCUGUGUUGCUGCUCUCUCUUAUGGGCUGUGCAGAGCCAACGCUCAGUCAGAAGAGCUCCAGAAAUUCAUUCCAGAAAGACUUUAUAAAACGAUGCUAUAUGUGAUGACAAGACUCAUCGUAGAGACUCGAGCACAGAUGAAUGAAGAAUAUGAGUCUGAAACAAAAACAGAGAUAUCUGAACUCACUGGAAGGGUAAAAGAUUCGGCUAUAGCUCUAUGGAGUCACAAACAGAUCAGAUGCCUGCGAAAACUGCCUCAGUAUCAGCUUUCUUUCUCGGAGUGGCUCACAGCUGAACUUCAUGUACAACGCAGCCAAGAUGCGCUGACAGAUCCAGAGAGGCAAGAAUAUGAGCAGUGGGUGUGUGAGCAGUAUUAUCUGCCCAUGUCUGUGUGUGAUGGAGGUUGUGGAGGAGAUGUCACUCAAAUCUGCAGUCACAUCAUCUCUGCUGUUUUAGACCAGCAUACUGCAUCAAAUAUAUCAGGGAGUUCCUGUGAACACACAGAUAGCUGUCUGCCUGACCUGCUGUCUCUCCUACAGGUGUUGUUGUAUCAGGUGGCAGUAAGUCCGCAGAAGACAUCUGAUGAUGAGCGUCAUUUCCUCUGGGAUCUGAUCCAGGACAGGUGCACUGUGACCCCUGACCUCUACAACAUUGGACAUGAGCUGGAAUAUCAGCAAAUCCUAGAGAAUGUCAGCAGGGUUCUUGUAAUGGUUCCUGCUGUCCUGCUGGUUACAGUCAGAAGAGACACAACAGGAAGAAAAUCUCUGGACUGUGAUAGACUGAUGAAACACAUAAAUGAUGUUCAGAAGAGGUCAUGCGAUCCCACUGGUCAACUGUCUCUCAGACUGACAGCCCACUUCCUCAAAGCGGUUCUGAGUGCGAGUGUAAGCUGUGAACGGCCCGCUGACGCUGUGAACGACUGUCUGUCUCAGUUCAGUGUGGAGUGUCCUCUCAUGUUGCUGUCUGCUGGGCGCUGGUGGUCGCAUCUCUCUGCGGUGUUGAGAUCUCAGUGGAGGCGUUUGACGAGAAGUGACGUGUUGCCUAAACAGCUACAGAUGCUGGACGACUGUUACGUCUGCAGCAGGCGGUUAAGUCAGGGGCUUGCAUCAGCUGCGACAUCAGCUCCACCAUGGCUACAGGCUGCAUGUCUACAGAGGUUUCUGGAGAGACCAGAUAGUGACUUUAAACUGCUGAAGGAGACAAACAGACCUGUUUUGCUCUUCCUGUUUGUGUACAGUGUAAUAGAGCUCAUUUCCGCUCACCUGUAUGGACAGCAUUCAGGGUGUUGGAAGCGUGCUAGAGAGACAAGCGUGUCUCUCUUUACUUACUUAUUGGAUGAUUCCGAUUGGCUGCCAUUGUUCUAUCCGUCGGGAUCAGAUCACAGACUCUCUCAUUUCACAUCUCGUGUGAUGUCACUGCGAAUGCUCAGACUGAUGCCGUUUGCCUUUUACAGUAUUCUCACUGGUUUGGAGUCAGAGGUUCUAAUGAGAACAGUGCGAUCUGCUGGUUUCCUCUAUAUGGCCGCUGGAAACUACAGAGAUCUCAACAAACUUUUUCUGAACAUCUCUAAUCACAAUGAUGGCUCACAGCAGCAUCAGGUUCUUCUGGAGGCUCGGCAGGUACUGAUGAACAUCAUCUCAUUGAGUUCAGCAGACAGCCUGACACUCAGCCAAAGGAAACAGCUGGAGUCAGAUUAUGAGCAGCUCGAUUCAGAGAUCUCAGCGGCUCUCGGCACGUCCAGCAGCGACAUACACUUCACAUGAGUUGCACAACAAACAGAGACAACUACAUCUGAUCUGCGGUGUGUGUGAUGUUCUUCCACAAAACCUCUUAUUCUUAGUAAAUGGACGUUAUUCACUUUAAGAUGUCUCUGAUGUCUUUCUGUGCUGGACUGAUGUUAAAAACAUUAUGUACUGCUAUCAGGAGACAUCUAUGAGAAUCUAUGAUUAGAUCUGUUCCAGAACAUAGUGUGCUGCCUACCUAGAUAGCAUUUUAACACAAUUUCUCAUUCAAAGGCACUUUGGAAACAUUCUGCUGCAUUCUAUAUCUCAUUUUUCUAAUUGAAAUCCUCAUUACAAUUGAAUUUAGCUAAAUAAUAAAAGUUUUAAAAUGUAAAAGGCUUUAGUAGCAUGUAAAUUCUUUGUACAUAUCUUAUAAAGCUCACAAGAUCCUCUGAAAUGUUUGUAAAACCCGCUGGUGAUGGAUGGGGUUUUCAAACUUUUUGUGUGUGUGGACCACUAUUUGUAAUCAAGAAUUUUUGCGGACCACCUCAUAUUACUCAUAAUAAAAUAUGUCUACACAAAGUCCUGAAUUUAUCUGCAGCUCUAAAUAGGCUUACUAGCACUAAAACUAUAACUGGUCAUCACAUUAGUACAACAGAUUCUUAAAAAAAUAUAUAUUUUUCUUAAAAAAAUAUAUUUUAUAUUUCAUUUUGCCUUUUCACGGACCACCUGCAGUACCCUCUCGGACCACUAGUGGUCCGCGGACCACAGUUUGGGAAUGGCCGGAUUAGAAUACUAGAAAGAUGUAUAUUCAUAAAAUAUUACUAUUUUAGUUGUUUACCUUAUUUUAAUGUUUUUGUCUUGAGAUGACUUAUUUUAAAUAAUUUUAAGAGCCCCAUUAGAAUUUGUGAAAGACCCGGCCCUUGCUUGACA